AUUAGAAUUUAAUAGUGUGUGCAGCGAAAUUUAGCGGGAUAGGGUUUUGAUUGGGGGGUUUCUCUAUUCCGAAGGCAUGGAUUCGUUACCACCUGCAAAACGGCGUCGUGAGAGCAAAGACGGCGAGACUGAAGCUUCAACGUUGUCACCGGUUGUGAUCUUCGCUCACGGUGCCGGUGCUCCUUCCUCUUCUGAUUGGAUGCAAAGAUGGAAGAACAUGAUAAAGGAGGCACUGCGCGCUGUCGAUGUUGUCACUUUUGACUAUCCUUACAUGUCUGCGAAAAAGAAGGCCCCUCCUAAGGCGGAAAAACUGGUGGAGUUUCACUCAAAUUUUGUCAAGGAAACUGCAACUAAGUACCCUGGUCAUCCCCUGAUACUUGCAGGCAAAUCAAUGGGUUCAAGAGUUGGCUGCAUGGUGGCUAGCAUGAAAGACAUUAAUGUUUCUGCUGUAGUAUGCUUGGGCUACCCAUUAAAGUUGCCAAUAUUGCAGGGAAGCAAUGGUGCAGUUAGAGAUGAAACACUGUUACAGCUAACAGUUCCUACAAUGUUUGUACAGGGCAGCAAGGAUGGUCUCUGUCCACUUGAGAAGUUAGAAACCACUCGGAAGAAGAUGAAAGCACCCAAUGAGCUGCAUGUCAUCGAUGGUGGUGACCACUCUUUCAAGAUUGGUAAGAAGCACCUGCAAGCAAACAAUUCCACCUAAGAUGAAGUUGAAGAUGUUGCUGUGCUGGCUAUUGCUGCUUUCAUUUCCAGGUCUCUUGAAGGAUGAAAAAUGCCCCUGAAUUCUUUAGCGUAUCAAGGUUUGUAUAUAAGAAUUGUUGUAUCUUGCAUGGUGUUAAUCUUGGCCUUGUUGGCAGGCGGUAACUAUACUUUUGGGGAUUUUUAGUGGAAUAGACAUAUAUUAAUUCCUUGCUGACAGAAUUGAUUAACAUAUGGCGAUGACUGUUAGUUUAACUAAAUGCAGUUUUAUAUAUCAGUGUU